AUCAUGCCCUACGUCUCCCUCUCUCUCUCUCUCUCUCUCGCUCCGAUGUCUCUCUCUCUCUCUCCUGCGCGCUCUCUCUCUCUCUCUUGCUGAGAACUCACCCACGAGAAAGGUUUUGACGCGCCAGAGACGAAUUAAUCUGCCCGUGGAGUGUGGGAUUCUCUGAAAAAGCUUUACUUUUUCCUUCCCUGAGCAUAUAGCCGUCCAAACUAGGUAAGAUUUUAAGACGUUUGUCUGUCCGGGGCGAUCCUUGGGUGAACCUUUGUGAGAUAUUUUGGCUGCACGGAAAUCCGGGCUUGACAGAUGCGCCCCUCCAUCGCCUAUUCCACCGGGAGGGAGGUCUGGACGCACGGUGAAGUGAAGACGAUGCUGUAAUAGAAAUGUUUGUGGUCUACCCUGCAGGGAAUUAACUGUUGCAGUUGGUUCUCUUAGGGGGAGAAACACAAAAAGAAAAAAAAGGCACGCCUUUUGGAUACGAGGUCCUAAGAUAACAAGUUGCUCAUUGAAAUUUGCGGAAUCGUCUGUGAAGAUGUGCGUUUUUUCUUCAUGACAAUAUUUUGUGGGAACUAUGAAAAGGGAGAGGAUGUGCACGCUAUUAACCAACACUGGGUCUGACGUUUUCUCUCUUCGGCUUCGUAGGAUUUUUUUGCAGUGUGCUCAGUCAACGUGACCAUGUUAAAAAAAAGUGUUCCCAAAUUCCUUUGCGCAUACAGCUUAAACUGGAAGCCGAAAUAUUGAUCAUGCUGGACGUUCACAGGCUGGAAGCGAUCUUUUAGUUGCCUCGAAAUAAAAGUUGGCUGAUGUGAGAGAGCAACGUUUAAAUUCUUACUUGAUUUUGUUCUCUGCUUUCUGGAAAUGUGAGCCCGGCGGUGACCGGCGCGCACCACACAGAGUCGCCAAGGCUUCGACGCGCAAACCAAUUUUUUUUCCGUCGGGGAACCGGGCUUUGCAUCGCAGCACCGCAGCGACGUUCUCGCCUUUUCUCGCCGAAAUGCCUCCGUAUGCUGCGAUUCCAUAAAUGGCUGGUGGAUACUGAUUCUCCAUGGUGUUCACCGGCCAGGUGGAUGAAAGAAGACGAAACCUCUGCUGUUUUGUUCAGUAAACCCUGGACACACCUUUUUUAAUGUCAGUCAAGAUCCCAGCUGGCUUGCCAUGACGAGCGAGGAGUGUCCUGUGCCGCUGGGGAGCAUUUCCUCAGCAGGGCCAGGGCAGAAUGAGGAAUACAGCUCGGCGCAGGCUGAUGACAUCAUUGAGGAAAUGGGCCCAGGUGACGAUGUCAGUAUCGGCAGUGACCUGAGCACUCUCGUGGUGCCCUUCCCAGAGCUAGCGCCCGUGGUCUUCUUCUGCCUCAAGCAGACCACCUGUCCUCGCAACUGGUGCAUCCGUAUGGUCUCCAGCCCGUGGUUCGAGAGGAUUAGCAUCAUGGUGAUCCUGCUCAACUGUGUGACACUGGGCAUGUACCAGCCCUGUGAGAACAUCGAUUGCACCUCGGACCGCUGCCAGAUACUACAGGCCUUUGAUGCAUUCAUCUACAUCUUCUUCGCCUUGGAGAUGGUGGUAAAGAUGGUGGCUCUGGGGAUCUUUGGCCGUCGCUGUUACCUGGGCGACACCUGGAACAGACUGGACUUCUUCAUAGUCAUGGCAGGGAUGGUAGAGUACUCGCUGGACCUGCAGAACAUCAACCUGUCAGCCAUUCGGACAGUGAGGGUUCUUCGGCCGCUCAAAGCCAUUAACAGAGUGCCAAGUAUGCGUAUCCUGGUGAACCUGCUGCUAGACACUCUACCCAUGCUGGGCAAUGUGCUGUUGCUGUGCUUCUUCGUCUUCUUCAUCUUCGGGAUCAUCGGGGUGCAGCUGUGGGCGGGGCUCCUGAGAAACCGUUGCUACCCUGAGGAAAACUUCACUGUCCCGUCAGGUAUGACCCUGCCUGCGCCAUACUACCGGCCAGAGGAAGAUGAUGAACGUCCCUUCAUCUGCUCCCUGGCUUCCGAUAAUGGCAUAAUGUCAUGUACUGACGUGCCAGCGAGGCGCGAAGGAGGACGCAUAUGCUGCCUGGAUAAGGAGGACGCUCUCCACAGACAGGCGCUGGGCCUUAGUCCUGAGCCUCUGGCUAACAGCAGUGGUGCUGGUGAAGCAAUAGGGCUAUGCAUAAACUGGAACCAAUAUUACACUCGGUGCCACACUGGGAAUACUAACCCCCACAAAGGUGCCAUCAACUUUGACAACAUUGUCUACGCCUGGAUUGUAAUUUUCCAGGUGAUCACUCUAGAGGGCUGGGUUGAGAUAAUGUAUUAUGUAAUGGAUGCCCACUCCUUCUACAACUUCAUCUACUUCAUCUUACUCAUCAUUAUCGGUUCAUUCUUCAUGAUCAACCUGUGCCUAGUGGUUAUCGCCACCCAGUUCUCAGAGACCAAACAGCGGGAGCACCAGCUGAUGCAGGAGCAAAGGGCGCAGUGCCUGUCCUCCUCCACCUUGGCCAGCAUGGCUGAGCCUGGAGACUGCUACGAAGAGAUCUUCCAGCUGGUCUGCCAUGUCCUCCGCAAGGCUAAGAGGAGAUCGGCAGCUCUCUAUUACACGCUGAGGGGCAAGCCCCCGCCGGCUGGUGGAGGCAGGGGUAACAGGCGGGGUGGAGGCAAUGUGAACGGAGAACGGCAUCAUUUGAGGCAUCCGAGAUCGUUCCACUGCCCCCACCAAAACAAGCAAGACCACGACUCUCAGCCACUAGCCAAUUCCAUCAGUCUGUCCGUCCCUCAAAAUCCCGAGGACUGCCCUAUAUGUGCGUUAUCGUUGAAGGAGGGGGUGAGGGCUGUGGGAGAUUCCGCCAAUGGCGAGGAAAAUGAAGAGGAUGCGGUUAAGGAGACGAGCAAAGAGGAGAACCACUUGGAGGAGAGGGGAGAUGGAGAGAGGAAGCGGAAAAGGACGUGCUUUGGACAUUGUAAGGACCUCUGGAACGGUAUGAGGAGGAAGCUUUGGGGCAUUGUGGAGAGCAAGUACUUCAGCAGGGGCAUUAUGAUUGCUAUUCUCAUUAACACCAUCAGUAUGGGCAUCGAGCAUCACAACCAGCCUGAGGAGCUGACCAAUGUCCUGGAGAUCUGUAACAUCGUCUUCACCAGCAUGUUCACGCUGGAGAUGAUCCUGAAGCUCACUGCCUUUGGCUUCUUUGAAUACUUGAGGAACCCGUAUAACAUCUUUGAUGGCAUCAUCGUCAUCAUCAGUGUGUGUGAGAUCAUUGGCCAGGCAGACGGUGGUCUGUCGGUGCUGAGGACAUUCAGGCUUUUGAGGGUCAUUAAGCUGGUGAGAUUCAUGCCUGCGCUGAGGCGGCAGCUUGUGGUUCUGAUGAAGACGAUGGACAAUGUGGCCACCUUCUGCAUGCUGCUUAUGCUGUUUAUCUUCAUCUUCAGCAUCUUGGGGAUGCACAUAUUUGGCUGUAAGUUUAGCUUGAAGACAGAAGCGGGGGACACUGUGCCUGACAGGAAGAACUUUGACUCUUUGCUUUGGGCUAUUGUCACCGUUUUUCAGAUUCUCACCCAGGAGGACUGGAAUAUGGUGCUGUACAAUGGCAUGGCGUCCACCUCUCCCUGCGCCGCUCUCUACUUUGUAGCUCUUAUGACGUUUGGAAACUACGUGCUCUUCAAUUUGCUCGUGGCCAUCUUGGUUGAGGGUUUUCAAGCAGAGGGUGAUGCAAAUCGCUCCUACUCAGACGAUGACAGGUCUUCCUGCAAUUUCGAUGACAGUGACAAACAGAAAGACUCCCUGCACCUAUCAGACCCAAAGAUAUGUACCCUGACUCCUAACGGGCACCUGGACAUGUCCCCAUUGCCUGCCGGUUUGUUUCCAGGAGAGAGGUUGACCUUUGCUCUCAGCUCCAGGAAGAAUAGUGUCAUUUCUCUUGGCAGAGCCAACCUGGAGCAGAGGGCUGUGUAUCCAGGUCGAGGUUACCACAACUGGGGCCGUCCUCUGCCUCCCCAGCACCAUGCCUUGUUGACUCGCCGCUCUAGCUGGAACAGCCUAGGAGGCUGGCCAUGCUCCUCCUCAUCCCCCUCUGCUAGUCCUGCCUUCACCCCGACUUCCUCAAGGCCCUUCUAUGGCUACGGCUUGGGAGGUCUAGGAGGGGUGGUCGGAGGAAGCCUGCGAAUCCGAGGUCCCCGUGCCUCCUCAUCCCCACACCACCACCUGCAUCAUAUCCAGCCGGACGAGGAGGAGUCUCUUCUCUCCCCACCUGCCGUCACUCCCCACUCCCUCCACCUUCCACAUCCCAUGCUCCCAGGUUCUUUUGGACCCAGGAGAGACCGGAGAGCUCUAUCGCUAGAGCUGCCACACCUGCUCCAGGUGCCUGGACAAACUCACCCUCUGCAGCACCCCCUUCCCUCCAUGACUCUUAAUGCCAACCACAGAAAGAAGAGCCUCUCUGGAGGGAUGAUAAUCAGCAGCGGUGGCAACUUCGGAGGGCUUCACCAAGACUGUAACGGGAAGACUCCACUGUCACAGCUCCUCCAGCCCCCGCCUAGACAUCCAACCGAGCAGGCCGGAGGGUCCAAUCCCCAGAGCCACCUGAUGGCUGAGGUCUUCCCCCAGGUUAACGCACGGAGCAAGGACCGAGAGGACCUGGAUGAUGACAUCGACUAUAGCUUGUGCUUCCGCAUCCAGAAGAUGUUAGAAGCGUACAGACCAGACUGGUGUGAGACCAGAGAAGACUGGUCCGUCUUCCUUUUCUCCCCGCAGAACAAGUUCAGACAGAUAUGCCAAUCUAUCAUUGCUCAUAAGCUGUUUGACUACGUAGUACUGGCCUUUAUCUUCUCCAACUGCAUCACAGUGGCUCUGGAAAGGCCCAAGAUACUACAGGGCAGCUUGGAAAGAGUGUUUCUUACCAUCUCCAACUACAUCUUUACUGCCAUCUUUGUGGGCGAGAUGACACUCAAGGUGGUUUCCAUGGGUCUGUAUAUGGGGGAACAGGCUUAUCUGCGGAGCAGCUGGAACAUUCUGGAUGGUUUCCUGGUUUUUGUGUCUUUGAUUGACAUUGUCGUGUCCAUGGCGGGAGGGGCCAAGAUCCUGGGUGUGCUCAGAGUGCUCAGGCUGCUCAGGACACUGCGUCCUCUCAGAGUGAUUAGCAGAGCCCCAGGCCUGAAACUGGUGGUGGAAACUCUCAUCACCUCCCUCAAACCCAUUGGCAACAUUGUGCUCAUCUGCUGCGCAUUCUUCAUCAUCUUUGGUAUCCUCGGGGUCCAGCUCUUUAAAGGCAAGUUCUUUUACUGCUUGGGUCCUGAUGUCAAAAACAUCACCAACAAGUCUGACUGUCUGCAAGCCAACUAUAAGUGGGUCCACCAUAAGUACAACUUUGACAACCUGGGACAGGCUCUGAUGUCUCUGUUUGUACUCGCCUCCAAAGACGGCUGGGUCAAUAUCAUGUACCACGGUUUGGACGCUGUGGGUGUGGACCAGCAGCCGAUAACCAACAACAACCCGUGGAUGUUGCUGUAUUUCAUCUCCUUCCUUCUCAUCGUGAGCUUUUUUGUCCUCAACAUGUUUGUUGGCGUGGUGGUGGAGAACUUCCACAAGUGCCGUCAACACCAGGAGGUGGAGGAAGCCAAGAGGCGUGAGGAGAAACGUCAGCGGCGCAUGGAGAAAAAGAGGAGGAAGGCUCAGAAGCUGCCCUACUAUGCCAGCUAUGGCAACAUGCGCCUGAUGAUCCACACACUGUGCACAAACCACUACCUGGACCUCAUCAUCACCUUCAUCAUCUGCAUCAACGUUAUCACCAUGUCCUUAGAGCACUACAAUCAACCUCAUUCUUUGGAUCUUGCCCUGAAAUACUGCAACUACUUCUUCACCUCCAUGUUUGUGCUGGAAGCAGUGCUCAAACUCAUUGCCUUCGGCGUCCGUCGCUUCUUCAAAGACAGGUGGAACCAGUUGGAUCUGGCCAUAGUGCUCCUGUCAGUGAUGGGCAUCACGCUGGAAGAGAUUGAGAUCAGUGCUGCUCUGCCCAUCAACCCCACCAUCAUCAGGAUCAUGAGAGUACUGAGGAUAGCAAGAGUGCUGAAGCUGCUGAAAAUGGCAACAGGAAUGAGAGCCCUGUUGGAUACAGUAGUCCAAGCCCUGCCUCAGGUGGGUAACCUGGGCCUGCUCUUCAUGCUGCUGUUUUUCAUCUACGCCGCCUUAGGAGUAGAGCUUUUUGGAGAACUAGUUUGCAAUGAAGAUUACCCAUGUGAGGGUAUGAGUCGUCACGCUACCUUUGAAAACUUUGGCAUGGCCUUUCUUACAUUGUUUCAAGUCUCAACGGGUGACAACUGGAAUGGCAUCAUGAAGGAUACAUUGCGGGAGUGCCCACCAGACCACGGCACUGAUGUGGACUAUGCCUGCAAUCCAAGCCUUCAGUUUAUCUCGCCCAUGUAUUUUGUCUCCUUCGUGCUCACCGCCCAGUUCGUGCUCAUCAAUGUGGUGGUGGCCGUGCUGAUGAAGCACCUGGACGACUCCAACAAGGAGGCCCAAGAGGAGGCGGAGAUGGAUGCAGAAAUUGAGCUGGAGCUGGCCCAGGGCACCCUCUGUUGCAUGGGCGCCCCCGGUUGCGGGGGUGGGGGGUGGAUAAAGGACUAGUCAUUGCUGGAUCGGGGCCUGGAGGCACAGCGGGGGCA